AUGCGUUUCCUCGCCCUUCUCCCCGUCCUCCUUGGACUCAUAUCCAGUCAUUUCGUCUCUGCGACAGAUAAUGGCAAGACUACCGACGUGACAUGGGAUAAAUACAGCCUCUCCGUGAAAGGAGAAAGGGUAUAUGUCUUUUCCGGUGAAUUCCACUACCAGCGACUUCCCGUGCCGGAGCUAUGGCUCGACGUGUUUCAAAAGCUACGCGCAAACGGGUUUAAUGCAGUUUCUAUCUACUUCUUCUGGAGUUUCCACUCCGCUUCUGAGGAUACUUUCGACUUCGAGAACGGCGCCCAUGACGUUCAGCGCGUUUUUGAUUAUGCCAAGCAGGCAGGACUGUAUGUGAUCGCGCGCCCGGGACCCUACUGUAAUGCUGAGACCUCUGCUGGUGGUUUCGCAUUGUGGGCAUCAAAUGGUCAAAUGGGUAGCACGCGCACGAGCGCAAGCUCCUACCAUGACCGAUGGUAUCCGUGGAUCCAGAAGAUCGGAAACAUUAUUGCCGCAAACCAAAUCACCAAUGGUGGUCCAGUCAUUCUCAAUCAGCACGAGAAUGAGUUGCAGGAGACAACUCAUAGUGCUGAUAAUACUGUUGUUAAGUACAUGGAACAAGUCAAAGCCGCCUUCAAUGAAGCUGGCAUCGUCGUUCCGAGUACACAUAACGAAAAGGGGAUGCGCUCUAUGAGCUGGUCAACGGAUUAUCAGGAUGUGGGCGGCGCCGUCAACAUCUAUGGGUUGGACUCCUAUCCUGGGGGUCUGUCCUGCACCAAUCCAAACACUGGGUUCAAUCUCGUCCGCACUUAUUACCAAUGGUUCCAGAAUUACUCAAGUUCCCAACCUGAGUACCUGCCAGAGUUUGAGGGCGGUUGGUUCUCCGCUUGGGGAGGGACUUUCUAUGAUCAAUGUUCUACUGAGCUUUCGCCUGAAUUCGCCGAUGUCUAUUAUAAGAAUAACAUCGGCUCCAGAGUCACAUUGCAGAAUAUCUAUAUGGUUAUGGGGGCAACUUCUUGGGGAAGCAGUGCUGCUCCGGUUGUCUACACUUCAUACGACUACUCUGCACCCAUGCGAGAAACUCGUGAGAUUCGGGACAAGCUUAAGCAGACCAAGUUGAUUGGGUUGUUUACUCGUGUGUCGUCCGGUCUCCUACAAACACAAAUGGAAGGGAAUGGCACAGGGUACACUAGUGAUGCUAGCAUCUAUACCUGGGCCUUGCGAAACCCAGAAACCCAAGCCGGUUUCUAUGUUUUGGCGCACUCUACGAGUUCGUCUCGUGCUGUGACUACUACUUCGCUCAAUGUCAACACCUCGACUGGGGCCCUCACAAUUCCCAAUAUCGAGUUGGCCGGCCGCCAGAGCAAAAUUAUAGUCACCGACUACCAAAUCGGCGAUGGCUCCAGCUUGCUUUAUUCGUCCGCUGAGAUUUUGACCUAUGCCACCCUCGAUGUAGAUGUGAUCGUCUUUUAUUUGAAUAUUGGACAAGAAGGAGAGUUUGUCUUCAAAGAUGCACCGACCCAUGUAACUUUCCAAACAUACGGCAAUUCGAAAGUGAGCUCCGCCGCAUCGGAUCAUGGCACCAAAUACAAAUAUACCCAAGGAGAUGGCACGACGGUACUGAAAUUCUCGCACGGCGUACUAGUCUACCUUCUUGAUAAAGAGACAGCUUGGAAUUUCUUCGCAGUACCGACUACUUCCAAUCCACGUGUGGCUCCUAGUGAGCAAAUCAUUGCUCUUGGGCCAUAUCUCGUUCGCACUGCAAGUGUGAGUGGGAACACCGUUAGUCUUGUUGGUGAUAACGCAAACAGGACAUCUCUCGAGGUCUACACGGGCAAUUCAAAGGUCACUAAGAUCAAGUGGAAUGGCAAGGAGAUCUCAACGAAGAAAACAGCCUACGGCAGCUUAGUCGGAUCUGCUGCCGGAGCCCAGAAUGCCAAGGUCUCGUUGCCAACUCUGAAAUCAUGGAAAGCACAAGACACACUUCCAGAGAUUAAGCCAGGCUAUGAUGAUUCUCGCUGGACGAUCUGCAACAAAACGAUCUCAGUCAACUCCGUAGCACCACUAACACUUCCCGUGCUUUACUCUGGCGACUACGGCUACCACGCCGGGACGAAAAUCUAUCGGGGACGGUUCGACGGUGUGACCGCGACAGGCGCAAAUCUCACUGUCCAGAACGGCGUCGCUGCUGGCUGGGCCGCCUGGCUAAACGGAGUCUACGUUGGCGGAGCCAUUGGUGAUCCCGCCCUAGCCGCGACAUCAGCAGAGCUACUAUUCAACAGCUCCACCCUCCGCAAGACCGAAAAUGUUCUGACUGUAGUCAUGGAUUACACAGGCCACGACCAGGCAAACGUGUCACCGAACGGGGCGCAAAACCCGCGCGGUAUACUAGGCGCUACUCUUCUCGGCGGGAACUUCACGUCCUGGCGCAUCCAAGGCAACGCAGGGGGUGAAGCCAACAUCGACCCCGUCCGGGGACCCAUGAACGAAGGAGGUCUGUACGGAGAACGUCUUGGUUGGCAUCUCCCCGGAUACAAAGCGUCCAAGACGGCAACAUCGGACAGUCCUCUUGACGGUGUAUCUGGCGCAGCAGGCCGAUUCUAUACGACGACCUUCAAGCUCAACCUGGACUCCGACCUGGACGUUCCGAUUGGUCUGCAGGUCGGUGCAUCUGAUUUCCCCGCAGUUGUCCAGAUCUUCAUGAAUGGGUACCAGUUCGGUCAUUACCUGCCGCACAUCGGUCCUCAGACUAGGUUCCCUUUCCCGCCCGGGGUGAUCAACAACCGGGGGAGAAUACGUUGGCGAUUAGGGGCGAGACUGAGUCAGGUGGAUCUGGUUGCAUAUGGGGCUUAUCGCACUGGAUUUGAUUUCAAUCACGAUUGGUCCUACCUGCAGCCACAAUACAAGGACAACCGGGGCCAAUAUGUUUAG